CCAAUAUAACUAUUGUGGCUCAACUGAUGCUCACUGUGGUACCGGCUGUCAACCUGGUAAAAGCUUUGCCGGUACCUGCGCCAAGAGCGGAAACCAGAAACGAGGAAGAAUAACAUGGCAUCGUAUUGACCCUGAUGAACAACUCAUUAACAACAUGGAAGGUGGCAAUGGAAACCAGAAACGAGGAAGAACAGCAUGGCAUCGUAUUGACCCUGAUGAACAACUCAUUAAGAACAUGGAAGGUGGCAGUGGAAACCAGAAACGAAAUAUAAAUAGAGAAACAUGGCAUCGUAUUGACCCUGAUGGACAACUCAUUAAGAACAUGGAAGGUGGCAGUGGAAACAAUGGAGGCAGUGAAAACAAUCUCGAGAAACGAGAUAGAAAAACAUGGCAUCGAACAGAAGAGCCUUCGACUGGGCAAUCGUGGUGUCCUGAUUGUGCUAUUGCUGACCCGCUCAUUCGUUCCACGGUAAAUCAAUAUGCUUCAUCAUCAAAUACAGCAGUGGUUUUGAUUGAAGCACCUGUAGGAUCCAGAUCCGAAUGGCGGCAGUCCUCAAAUCAUGUAUACAAAAGAGAUCCGCGUAUUAACAUCUCGCGUAUUCCUACGCUGGUUAGGUGGAAAACUAAUACGAGAUUGGUUGAAGAUGAAUGUGCCAAUGAAGAUAAUUUGAAAAAAUUUGUUGAGGGAAAGUUGUAA